AAGGAUUAAAAAGGCGGAGUUUUCUAUCUCCUUUUAAAAGGCACUCAGCUGCGCAGUGCUACCAUUCUCCGUAUAGUAAAAGAAAAUCAAAGUAUGUGCCUUGGUCAUUCACGUGGAACCUCUAUGUCAUGGAGGAAAGAUUAUUACUCUAUGUGCUUUGUGGUCCCAGUAUGUGCCGCUAGCUUGAUAUAGCCAUAAAUAAUGACAUUUCUCUGUAAUUUGCUGAAUGUAUAUAUACAUGAGACCAGUAGUCUAAAAAAAGAACGAAGAAGACCAAAUUCGAAACAUUAACCUAUCUUUUUAACGUCGUGGUUGUACACUAUUUUGAAUUCCUGAUGUUUUACUCCAAAAGUACUUUUGGUAUACUGGUAUAAAUAGUUUUAAAUUAUGCCUGCCAGGAGAGGAAAUACUUUGAUGUAUAAAGGUAGUAAUUAUCUAAGACAGAGACUAAUUCUUUCAGUUCUAAGUGGUAAACCUAUUGAAAUAUCGGAAAUUAGAACACUUGAAGAUGAACCAGGACUCAAGGAAUUUGAAGUUAAUUUAAUAAGAUUGUUUGAUAAAGUGACUAAUGGUACAUCUAUAGAAUUAAAUGAAACUGGAACUUCUUUAUAUUUUCUACCUGGAUUACUUCAGGGUGGCACAAUAGAACAUGAUUGUUGUGUAGAAAGAGGCAUAGGAUACUACUUAGAAGCACUACUUAUGUUUGGUUUGUUUUGUAAACAGCCCCUAAAUGCAAAGCUGAGAGGAGUCACAUCAAAUAACAUUGACCCUUCCAUUGAUUUAAUCAAAACAUCCAUGGUACAUACAUUAAAAAAGUUUAUUUUGGAUGAUGAAGGUUUAGAUCUAAAGAUUUCAAAAAGAGGCAUGCUUCCUCUUGGUGGAGGAGAAGUAAUUUUCAAAUGUCCGGUGAGAAAACAAACCAGACCUGUUCAAUUACUAAAAAGUGGAAUGGUUAAAAGAAUCAGAGGCACUGCAUAUGCUUUAAGAGUUUCUCCAGCCAUAGCAAACAGAAUGGUAGAUAAAGCAAAAGGUGUUCUCUUGAAUUUUAUUCCAGACGUUUACAUAAAUACUGACCAAUGUAGAGGCAAACAGUCAGGGAACAGCCCUGGUUUUGGGAUUCAUCUUGUGGCUGAAACUACUGAUAAUGUUUAUUAUUCAGCAGAGCAGGUAUCGAAUGUUGUAUCCAAUGGGGAGGACCCUUCAAUUCCAGAAGAUUUAGGAACAGCUGCAGCACAAAGACUUCUAUAUGAAAUAUACCUUGGGGGUGUAGUAGAUUCCUCAUCACAGUCCUUGGCUAUCUUAUACAUGGCUUUAGGAGAUAAAGAUGUAUCAAAACUUAUAACUGGUCCAUUAUCUGAAUAUUCCAUCUGGUUUUUAAGGCAUUUAAAAGACUUUUUUGGAGUUUCAUUUAAAUUAGAACCAUAUGACGAUGAAGAACAUGAUAAUAAAAGUGGUUCUUCAAAAGUAUUAUUAACUAGUGUAGGAAUUGGUUAUACUAAUAUAAGUAAAAGGACAAUUUAA